AAACACCUUUGGAGUUUGGGGUUCGAAUUCAAACUCCAAAAUCGCGCCUCCGAUGAUCCGAUCCGGCCUCCCCACGCAUAGAUCGCAACUAACCUCACUAGCUAGCCGCGGCGCGGCGCCUAUACAAGAUAAACAAACGCGUCAAAUUGCACGGCGCCGGCGAGCGAGCGGGUCGGAGACCGCACCGCCGCCACACCGAUCGAUCGGCAAGAUUGGCAUGCCCGGCGGCCACAACAAGCAGCCGGCGCCGCCCGUGGCGACCACCGGCUGCUCCGCCCUCGCGUCCUGCCUCUCCUUCCACCGCCGCGCGCCGCGGCCGCCGCCUGCGCGCGCCAACGUCGUCGAUGGCGCGACGGCGGCGACCACUAGAGCAUCCGCGGAGCAGUACCGGCGGAGGGUGCAGUUCCUGGAGGAGGAGAUCAGGAGGCUCGGCAGUAGGCUCGCCGAGCACGGCAGGAGCGCCAAUGGCGGCGCCAUGGCCACCAGAGAUCGGGUGAGCAGCGCCUGCAGCGGCAUCGGCGCCACGGCGGCCAACAAGCGCGUCACCGUCGGUGGCCACGGCGGCGUGCGGGAAAUGGUGAGGCUGGAAGGCGGUGGCUACCUGCACGAGAUCAAACGGGUGGUGGGCAUGCCCUGGGAGCGGCUGGCGCUGCAGGUGUCGCAGCCCGUCGUCGCCGAGAACGCCGCCACCGCGUCGGAGGUUCUUGACAAGAUGACAGAGACGAGCGCAGAGAACCUGUGCAAGUUACUGUCAAAGAUGAUGCCGAUCAAGGACAUCGCCGGCCGGAAGAAUCCCGGCAAAGUCAUCCGCCGCUCGGCGAGGCUCAGCUCCGGCGACGACUUCUUGGAGGCUCUCCUCUUCAUGGAAAUGGACAAGAUGGAAGGACUGGUCCAACAAGGCCUAAAGAUUCGCAUGGCCUCGACGGCUGACUCUGCCUCGUCCACGGCUGCCGGCGACGACGACGGCGACCGGAGGCACCAGGCGACGAAGGAUUCCAUGGUCUCUGUGGUCCUGAUUCAGGUGAGGGAUCCCGAGCAAGGGUACGCCGCCAUUGGUGACCCCAUGAUCGGGGUCAUGGAGGCAUCCCUGGAGAAGAAGGAUGGCAGGGUGAAGCUGGAGAUGCAGGGGAUGCACGUCGCAGGGAUCCUCUUCGGUGCAAGCAGCAAGGGAAGGAGUAAUGGCAGAGCCAUGAUGUGGAGUGCUUGCUUGGGACAGUGCAAGGGGUCUCACAAUGGCCGCCGCGGCGGCGGUGGCGGCGCCGGCGCCGGUGAUGUCUGCCGGUGCGGCUUUGUUCGGAACACAAAUCGUGUUUUCCGACGGUAGAGAUUGGCAUUCUUGGUAUGUCUAGUAAAGUAAAGCUCAAUCAGCAUUGUCCUGUUCUUAGCACGGGAGCAGAAGAGACAGAUAAUAACAAUCUAUAAUAAAUUUUGUGAUAGGUAUUUAUAAUGUACUAAUAAAGUUUGUGGACGUUUCUUCCAUUA